UUUUUAGUUUUUAAAAUUUAGAGUUUAGAAUUUAGUAUUUGAAUUUUUUUUCUUCUAAAAUCUAUUAUAUUAUAACAUUAUAAACGUUAAAAUAUUUAAGCACAUGUCUUAACUCAUGAUUUAAUAUAAUUUUGAUGGAGAAUUAGAGCUGGGAAUUGAAGUCCCAAUACCCUAACAAACUGGGCUAAAACUGGAACCUCAGCCCAUACACUAUAAGGUGCGUGGGCCCGAGUCUAUUAAAUCGAAGAUAUCAGUCGUUAACAGUUGAAUUUGCCCUUUUCGCGACUCUGAUCUCAACUCUCAGGUCAAGCUGCUGCUGAUCGAGAGCUGCAAUGGCGGAGAUGAAGAUGAAAGAGAUCCCCGAAGAUGUGUUGAUAGAUGUACUCAGUUAUCUUCCAGUGAAGUCUUUGAUGAGAUUCAACUGCGUUUGCAAAGCAUGGGGUGAUCUUUUCAGAAACCCUGAUUUUAUCACCAAGCACUAUCACAAUCGAGCAACUCUUGGCAAAUCCAACAUCAGCGUUCUUGUGAAGCAUAGUGAUCAUGGAGAGGACUGCUUCUCCUUUCUAUCUUCAACUGUCAAUGAAGAUGGUAGCGAGACGAUCAGGAUUGCAGAAAGCAUUUAUGUUCCAUUUUACGGAAAUUUUUUGCGCAACCCUAGAGUCAUGGGCCCCUGUAAUGGCUUACUUUGUCUGGUGGACUAUGGAAUUUAUGGUAAGAUUGCACUUUGGAAUCCAGCAAUUAGAGAAUUCAAGCUUCUGCCUUGGUCCAUCGAGAGUUCAGCUGGAAUGGGAAUUACGUUCUCCCUUGAGGAGGUAGGAUUUGGUUUUGAUUCCAAGAAUAACGACUACAAGGUGAUUGCGUUUGUUUCUUCUUUAGAUAGGGCAAGGACGGUAUAUCGAGCUGAGUUAUACUCUCUUACGAGUGAAUCCUGGAGAGAGAUCCCUUCUUGGGGAAGUAUCCUUCCUAUUGAGGAAUUUAGUUUUGGUUUUGCGCUGUCUAAUGCUUAUUACAGUCAUGGAGUUUAUUACUGGUUAAUAGGUGGCUAUUAUGUUGAUACUGGUGAUUGGAUCAUCUCCUUUGACAUGGCUGAUGAAGUGUUCGAGAUUAUGCAGCUGCCGGAUUUUGGUGUUUCUGGACUUACUCACUUUAUCGAGUUUGAAAUUCUUGAUGCAUCUAUUAUUGCUGUUGUUUGCCCGAAUAAUCCAGGAGGAUGCUUUGAUAUAUGGGUUAUGAAUGAACCUGGAGUGAAGAGGUCUUGGGUCAAACGAGAUAGAAUUGCUCCCAUUUCAGGAAUAAAAAAUCCUGUAGGAUUUUGGAAGAGUGGUGAAUUGUGUUUUGAAGAUUCAAGCAACCAGCUGGUCUUGUAUGACUCCUCUACCCAACAGGUGAAGAAUCUUCCGCUCCAUGGUGCUAGAUAUAGCUCACAAGUUGUAAAUUAUAUGGAGAGUCUUGUUCAAAUCAAUGGCAAGCGAGGGAAUGCAGGUGAACCUAUCGUUCGUAUAAGAAAUCGGAACCUGUAAUUAGAGUCUUGUUGAAAUAUACUCUCACCAGUUUUUGUUCUGGUAAUGUUGUAUAUGUAUUUAAAUUAUAUAAAACAGAAAUGGCUGUAUUAAGUAUUACAAACUCAUUGUACUUAUCUGCUUCCUUGUAGGCAAUACUGGCUUUUGCAGUAGGAAAGUGGUUAAUUUAAGCUACUGUAAG